AUGAAGCUCGAUCCUUUCUUUACGCUGCUCCUCGCGGCGAUUGUGACUUGGUCGGUGUAUCAUUUUUACUACAUCAAAGACCGCGUCGCGGAUCGCCAGCGACGAUUCGAGGCCUACCCCAAAACCUUUGACGUCGUGUUCAGCUCGACUGUCAUCGCCGCAGCAUGCCUCCUGAUCCAGAGCGUCGGUCGACGGGUCCUUCAGCCGGUCGCGGAGCGCAUGUUGCCGCACAACCGCUGGUCGCGGCAGGUAUUCGCAUUGAAGCAGCGCCGCUUCUCGGAGAUGGCAUUCAAGGCGGUUUACUUCCUCGCGAUCGCCUUCUUCGCCUUCUACUACCUCCACAACGAAACCUGGUGGCCGCGUCUGCUCGGCGGCAAGGGCAACGAAGAUGCGCUUUUUAAUGAUUACCCGAACCAGGAGUCGCACCCGUUCACACACAUCUACUUCUACAUUUCCGCGGGCUACCAUCUGGCGUGCUUUGUGUCUCUGCUGCUGUCGCCCAAGCUGCCAGACUUCUUCGAGACGCUGCUGCCCUGCGUCUGCGCGAUGCUGCUCAUCUUCUUCUCCUACCUUGGCAACUUCCUCAGAGUUGGCUCCAUCAUUCUUUUCUGCCACGACUUCUGCGACAUCUUCUCCUGCGGGUGCAAAGUCUUCGUGGACACGCGCCACAAGGCUGUGACGUUUUCGCUCUUUGCCUGCCUCGUGGGCGCGUGGGGGUACCUCCGCCUCUUUGCGUUCCCCGCCGCGGCGCUUUUCCCGAUCUUCACUAACGUGAAAAACAUGAAGGCCACUGCGGAGGGAGAAGACUGGGGAUUCUUCGUCUUCCUCCUCCUCACGCUCUUCGUCAUGAACAUCUACUGGUUCGGCUUGAUGCUGAAGAUGUGUUUGCACUUCUUCACAAGCGGCCAGAUGUCGGAUUUGCAUUCGCCGGAAGUGGCGGAGGAGCCUGCAGAGCCUGAGCGUCGCAAGAGUGCGAGGCUGGCCUCGAACAGCGCCAAGAAGUCCGACAAAAAGAGUCUGUGA